AUGAGGACUGCUAAACAUUGGUUUUCAAGAAGUCAAUGUUUAAAAGGAGUAAGGUCUCAAAUCACAGAUGGUACUCCUGAAUUCUGUGCCGAAUUGAUGAAAAGAUGUCGGGAUCAUAAUUCAGAAAAUAGUCCAGCAGCUAAAGAAAUUUACAAUUUAAAAUACUUGUUAGAUAAAUCAUUCUAUACAAGUCGUCAGAAAGCCGAUUUGUUAAAUUUUUCAUCAACUAGAUCAGCGGGGACUCAACAAAAUAUAGCUGUAAUAAAAAUUAAAGAAACAGAUGAAACUGUUGGUUGUCAAGUAUUGGAUGUGCAUAAACAAAUUGUUCAUAUCAAUGCUACUUGUGAUAACAUAGAAUUUAAUUUACAACUAUGA